AUGGAUGCUGCUGUCCCUUAUCACACGAAGCACAAACAACCAAGUCCACCAGCACUUUUCAAUGGCCCUUAUUGGCGCUUCAUCAAGAAGCUUUGCAUGACUCAGCUUCUCUCGAGCUCGCAGGUCGCGCACUUCGUGCACGUGCGAGAGCAGGAGAUAAAUAGCCUCUUGAAAAAUGUCAUGGUUUGUUCCAAUGAAGGUAGGGUUAUGGAUUUGAGCUUUGAGCUCACUGCUUUGACCAACAAUAUCUUGUGUCGGAUGGCUAUGAGCACUAGCUGUUUGGACAGAGUUGAUGAUGCUGCGGAGGUUCUUGGCUUGGUGAGGGAGUUUUUGGGGAAAUUUGACUAUUUUGGCUAUGGGAAGAAGCUUGUCAGAAUAGUUGACAGAUUUGAUAAGGUUUUGGAGCGUAUCUUGGAGGAACAUGAAGUGAAAAACACGGGACAUGAUGGAUAUUCUGUUUCAAGAUAUUUUCCUAGCGGGUUGCAAUGGGCAAUGGCGGAAAUCAUGAACAACCCAGGAGUGUUUGAAAAGGUGAAGGCAGAGAUUAACACAGUGGUGGGAACUAACAGGUUGGUCAACGAACCAGACAUUCCAAAUCUACGUUACCUCCAAGCUGUCGUGAAGGAAGUUUUAAGACUCCAUCCAACGGCGGAGAGAGGGUUUGUAUGGAAGAAGGGUCCUCGUUUUCUACUGGAUUGGCAAAGCCUCUUGUUUGUUCCCCUGUCACUUGUUUCAAUCCUUUUUAACUCAACUUUCCAAAAAAUAAUGACAUAG